AUGGGACCGCGACUAUUUCUGGCGUUUGGUCUCCCGAGCACAUCGAAGGUCAUUGGUACAAGCGGCGGUUCCAGCGUCCGAAGAGGUGAAUACAUCCUUCUUCCUUCGCCCACUAAUUCGAGACUGGCUUCAGCUUCGAGAAAGCACUCGAGAGUGUCGCGAAAUGGUCGCUCAUUCUGUUCAGUUAAUUUUGAGAGCCAGGAAAGCACUGCUGAUCUCAAGCAGCAGCUACUUCUUUAUACCCAUACUGGUGUUCGCAACGACGCGGAAUUCUUCAAAGCGGGUCAUCGGCUUGGGGAGGAGAUGAGCAGCAAUCUUCCAGGAAUCGUGACAAUGUUCAGAGCGGAGCACCCGAACACGCUGAAGAUUAUGAGUAACUUAGCUGCACUUCUACAUGGGCAAGGCAAGUACGAGGCAGCGGAGACGAGGAUUCGAGAAGUGAUGGGAAUACAACAGACAGUGUUAGGAGCAGAGGAUGAGGCGACACUGACGAGUAUGAACAACCUAGCCAUUGUGCUGAGUGAUCAACAACAGUACGUGGCCGCGGAACCGCUCCAAGAAGCAUGUUGCACGAGCUCUUUGCCUGUCUUGGGCAUCCAACAUCCAAGGACAGAGAAAAGGAUGCGCUCAUUUGCAAAUUUGGCCCAAACAGGACCUUUUGGUACAUACUAUAUUAUACAUCUGCCUCCAGGACUGGACUAG